AUGGGUAAAAACAAAAACAACAAAUGGAAAUCACUUAUCGAACUAGGUGUCCAAGAUAUUCCAAGCCAAGGAAAUCAUUUCUCAAGUGAUGACCUUGAAUGGACACCUAUUGGAGUUGGUGGUCAAAUGGACUUAUGUGCUGCAAUCCCUCUUGAAAGGCUCCCUCACUUUGUCAAAGGAGAAGGUUUGUUGGAUAGCACAGAGACAAACUUUGUACGCAAGAAGCAUAGAGAGUCAAAUUCAAAUAAUCCUACUGAUCACACUACCAAGACAUAUUCAAGUUAUUGGUGUGCAUUUGGCCCCGAGGACAAUAGAGAAAAAAUUAGAAAAAAGAAAAGGAUAAGGAAGUUCAUCCAAAAAAGGGGUUGUCAGGCUCAUUUUCUUGUCAGGGUUAUGUAUGGUAGACCAGAUGUUGCUAUUAUUACAUACAAUGAAUUUACCCAUUGUGAUGCUAAUGGUGAAUUUUGUCAUGGAAAGGAUGAUCCUUCUAGUGGUCCAAGAAGCAAUUUUGCACCAAGAUUAUCAAAUGAGUGUAAAUCGUAUAUUGAAACCUUAUUACUAAUGGGUGUGGGGAUUGACACAAUAUGUGAGCAACACUACUUAGAUCAUGGUUUGACUAAAUUGAUGAAUAAGAGGGACACAUGUUUGUUGAGAAAAGAUGUGCUGAAUGCAUGGAAAAGAGUACGCUCCCUUCGAUCUCAAAAAAAUGAAGAUGAUGCAAAAAGUUAUGAGUUAUAUACAUUGCUUGUAUUUGAUGAACAAGAGGCCGGCAUACCUAUUGCAUGGGCAAUAUCCUCAAGAAAUAAAGUUGAGGAUAUAAAUGAAUGGCUUACAGAGGUUUAUAAAAGAGGAAAACAGAGUAAAGAAGAUUGGCAUGUCAAUGCAUUCAUGACAGAUGAUGCUAGUGCUGAGAUUGAGGCAAUCAGAUCAUCAUUUAAUUGUCGGAUACUUUUAUGUAUUUGGCAUGUGCGAAGGGCAUGGUUGAAGAAUGUGUAUAGGUAA